CAAAUGAACUAUUUUCUAAUUGCAUGAUGACUCUGAGCCCCCUUGUUUUAUUUUAGGUAGCUGAGAUAUCAUCCGUGUGAAUGGCCAAGGGGCCUUACCUCAUCUCUAACUUCACUAGCCUAUGGGCUAAAGGAUUAUGGGUAACCUCAUCAGCCGGCCUAGCUGCCUAGGCCAGAAAUCCAAACAUGUGAGGACAGAUGAGGGCUUCUUAAAGGACUGCUACCAGCGACGGAAGGAGUGGCAGCCUGCUGAGCAACACGAGGCAGCCAAGAAUGAAGAGGAUUUUAAAGACAAAGAUGGGGAGGAUGGAAACAAGAAAAUAGAGGUGGAAAGAGAAAAGGAGGAACAAGAAAUUGAAAAUAAAAGUGAGGAGAGUGUUCAUACUCCCAUUUCAAGUAAACUCUUUCAGAGCUCUCCAGCGUCUACAAUUAGGAGUAGCAGUACUCUGGAAAAUGCUUGGCACAACAGCCCUUCUCCAAUAAAAACCUCCCGAAAUGGGACACUUACAAGGAGGACAGUGCCUCCGGAGUUUGCCAGAUCUCCCCUGGCUCACUUGGACAAGAAUGCUGCAGACAGGAGGGGUAGCUUCCAGAGAAGAGACUCCAGAGAAGGAAGCCCCUGGUCCUGGAAGACCGUGGCAUCACGUGAGGUCACAGAAGUGACUGAGGUCACAGAGACAAUUGUUACAGAAAUUGUGGAAGUAACAGAACAUCCACCAGGAGAUAAAGGAGGAAACCCCAUAGUCACCAGAACUGUUAGAGUGCUGAAUGGUGUUGCAGAGGAGCUGGCUGAGCUCCAAAGUGUUGAAUGUUCAAAGUCGAGCCAAGAUUCUAGUUUGGACAAGUGGAUGCAAAUGACAUCUGCCUCGCCGCUCAGGAAUGUGUCCACAGAUUCUGAAACAUUUCUUCAGAACCUGGGAGCUUUGGUUACGUGGGUCAGUGAGAUAGAAGAGCUCACAGCCAAUCAAAAACCUCCAUCAUCAGAGGUCAAAGUGGUGAAAGCCCAACUUCAAGAACAAAAGCUCUUGCAGCGCCUCCUAACAGAUCGGAGACACAGUAUGGACUCUAUGAUGUUGGAAGGUCCCCGGUUAGCAGAGGCCCACCCAGGACAGGAAGAGGAGCAAGCAAAGGUCAAGCUCGCUACUCUUAAACGGAAGUGGGAAGCCUUACUGCUGGGAGCAGAGAAAAGGAGAGCAAGUCUGGAGCUGAUUCUGCCCAGAGCCCAGCUGUUCCAGGACGAAGUAGAAAGCUUUCAGCAGUGGCUUAUGUCUAUCGAAAAAACGCUGGCUGACCUGCGGAGUUCAGAGAAAGUUAUGCUGCACCUGUCAGACACCACAGAACGAGCCAAGGCUGUUCUUGAUGAGAUUCAAGUCCAAACUGCUGAAUUAGUAAAAAUACAGAAGUCAGGUCACAAUUUGAUGGAAGUCGUUUCAGUGGAAGAGGCCCAGCAAGUACAGGAGAAGAUGGAUGCACUGCAUGUUCGUUGCCCUGUGCUAAGUCUGAGCAGCCUGGAUGUUCUGCAGAGGCUGGAGCAGGCUAUUGAAGCCUCCAGCCGUUGCACUUCCAGCCAGGAGGACCUCCACUUGUGGCUGGGCCGCAUCGAGAGGGAGCUCCUGGGAGCUGCAGGAGUGCACACACAUUCAGGAGAUGCACUACUUUGUGAAGCAGAGAAACAGAGGCUGGAGCAGGCUGUGGUAAAGGAGAUGGCUUGGUUCAGAGACACAGCACUCAGUCUGGAGAAGUUGAAAACCAUUAAUCUGGAUCCAGAGAUCAUAGCUGAACAACUCUAUGAACAGAAGAUUUUAGCUGUAGAGAUUCUUCAACACAAGUUCAACAUCGAUAAAAUGGUGAAGAUUGCUGAAAUUCUAUUAACUUAUAGUGAUGAAGGAGAACCUGGAGAUCUUCAGACUCCAGUAGAGGCCUUACAGGAACAAUGCAACACAACCUCAGCCACCAAUGCCCAUGUAGUCCUGCAGCUUGAGCAUGCCCUGUCACUUCUUGGCCAGUUUUCUGAAGGUCUUGCUGAGGUUUCACCUUGGCUGGAAGAAACUCAGACACUCAUUGGCCAGCUCUCCCUCAGCACAAUUAGCUAUGAAGCAUUUCGGGAACAACAAGACCUCUUACAGGGUCUCAGAGAGUCUAUAGCGGAACACCGGCCUUUGAUCACACGCUUAUGUGUUAUAGCAAAACGCUUGUCAGAACUAAACUCAGAUCAGGGCGAUCAGUUCUGUCAAAAGGCAAUAGAGGCUGAGGAGAAGCACAAAACCAUCAGAGAUUGUGUCAGAGAGACUGCCAGUCUUCUUGAGGAGUCCUUACCAAGAUUUACACAGUUAAAUGAGAGGAUGACUCUUAUCAGAGAGAAUGUUGACCGACUACGUAGUCGCAUACAGACACCAACCUCUCUUCAAGGUCUCACCUCAAGGAUCCAGGAGCAUCUUCAAGACAAUAAGCAAAUCCUUGCUGAGCUGUCCAAGCUGGAGUUGGGGCUUAACACCCUUACAGUACAGGCAGAUGAAUUGCUAGCAAACACCAAAGCAGCAGGGGAUGGCUGUAUUGGCACAGCCAUUCAGGCUCAAGUAUCCAGCCUGUACCUGCUGUGGGAUGAGACACAUAAGCAGGUCCAAGAAAGGGAAAGCUGGCUAUUAAAGGUCUUGGAUCUCGCCUUGAAGUUUUGGAGUGAUGUCAGCGAAAUGGCGACUGCUCUCAAUGAUGCCCAGCAGUCACUGAUGGAUCUCAAUGCUUGUCGAACCGACUGCGAAACAAUCCGCCAAAGUCUUGAAACUAUGCAGUCUCUCAGGGAAGAUAUAGACAAUUUUCAGGGUGAUCUUGAUAUCAUUGGAGUUUUUGGAAUGGACCUGAUGUUAACAUGUGGGGAUACAGACAAACCAGAUGUCACAAAAAGCAUGGAUGAACUUUAUUGCACAUGGAACAACUUAAGCAAACUGUGGAAUGAAUGUCACAAGAAGCUGGAGGAUUCUCUGCAGAUGGCCCUGCAUUAUCAAGACACUAUGCAGGGUCUAUUUGAGUGGUUGAAAUCAGUGGAGUUGAGAUCUACAGAAGAAUUCAUGGUCGGAACCGACCUCAAAUCAGUCAAAAAUCAGCUAUGCGAUCUCAAGGUAUUCAAGCGGGAGCUCUACCAAAAGAAGAUUGAGAUAGAAAGUCUAAACCAUCAGUUUGUGUGCCGGCUGUCUCCAGGCUCUGAGCGUCCUGGGUCAAUCUCACCUCUGUGUGACUUUAGACAACGCUGGGACAAACUUGAAACAGAAACAGUGAAUAGACAGGUGUUACGGAACGAUGUCAUGUCUCAUGUUCGCACGGUUGAGUCUCUGAACCAGGCUGGCAGGAAGCUGCUGGAGGCCGGUUCUGGAGAUGGCACACAUGGUCUGCAGUCACAGCUGGAAGAGCUGAAUGAAAGUUGGGAAUUUGUUCGGUGUGAGACUGAACGAAGGCAGCUGGAACUGGAGAACAGAUUAAGUCAGGUGCAGGAUGUUACCAUGGAGAUUCAGGACCUUAUACAGUGGCUGGAAAACACAGACCUCAGACUGUCUUUGUCGAAAACAACUUGGGGCAUGCCUGAUUCUGCAAGUGAACGGCUCAAUGCACACUUGGAGCUGUGCAAUGAGAUGGAAUCAAAGCUUCAUGCGUACACACGUGUGAACAAUGCUAUUCACAGGAUGCUGGAGCAGAGUGACCUUGUGCGAGGGUCAUGCACAGAACACAACUUAUCUAUUCUUGAACAAAAGUGGACAUCUGUUUAUAGCAAAGUUCAGGACCGCAAAGCAAAGCUGAUAGAGGGGCUGAGUCUGGCCAAGGAGUUUCACAGUAUUGUCCAGGAAAUUCUAACAAAGAUGAAUGAAUGUGAAGAGUCUAUUGGGUUUCUUCCUCCUCCCAGCUUUGUUCUGGACACAGUUUCCACACAGCUGCUAGAACAUAGAAAGUUGGUGAAUGAGGUUAACAGUUACAGUGAGAAGAAGACCACAGUGGAGAAUGCAGGCCGUAGGCUGACAGAGCUGAGUAGGAAGGAAGACUGUGAUGUCAUUCAUAACCUAAUUAUGACUGUUCAGGAUCGAUACAAAAAGCUUCAGCAGCGAGCGUCAGAGAGAGGCCGGAUGCUGGAGGAGGUUAAAAAGAAUGUUAAACAGUUUAUUGAAUCCUGGCGCCUCCUUGUGGACUGGAUGACAGAGAUUGAACAGACAAUAGAUACGCAUAAAGAGAUUGCUGUGUCUCAUGAGGAAAUAAAGCAACAGCUGACUGAACAGAAGGAGUUUCAGAAACUGCUGAGACUAAAGAGGCCCAUGUAUGAAGCCACGAUGAAGAGCGGUCGCACCCUCCAUGACAGAGCUCAGAGCAAUCAUGACAGGCAGCAUUUGGAGAACCUGCUGGCUGAACUCAAAGACACAUGGGACACCAUCAGCGGCAAGUCUAUUGAAAGACAGCAUAGGCUAGAAGAAGCACUGCUGUUCUCAGGAAGAUUUACCGAUGCCCUGCAAGCACUGAAUGACUGGCUGUACAGAGCUGAGCCUCAGCUUGCUGAAGAUGUUCCUGUUGGUGGCGACAAAGACACAGUCAACAAUCUCAUUGACAAGCAUAAGGCUUUCCAGAAAGAGCUAGGAAAACGAGCCGGUUGUAUAAGGACCUUGAAGCGCUCUGUGAGGGAUCUGACCCGGAGCAGCAUGGCAGAUGCCCAUUGGCUGCAGGAGCAGAUGGAUGAAUUGGGGGGACGCUGGGAGUCUGUGUGCAAGCUGUCAGUCAGCAAACAGGACAGGCUAGAGGCUGCACUUCAGCAGUCUGAGAAGUUUGAUGGUCUUGUACACUCUUUCAUGGAGAGGCUCACUGAAGCGGAGAGAAUUCUGAAAUAUGGGGUCAUGCCUGAAGAGGAGGAUGGUUUGAGGGCCUUCUACAGACAACACAAGGAAUCAGUGGCUGCCUUGCAGACUCAAACAGAGGACUUAGAAAACAUCCAGAGUCUGGGUGAGGAGAUUUUAACCUUGUGUCACCCAGACGCCAUUAUAACUCUCAAAUCUUGGAUCAGCGUAACUAAAACUCGUUAUGAGGAGGUUCAGACCUGGGCCCAGCAGCAGAACCAGAAGAUCCAGGACAGCUUGGCAGCACUGGAUGCAAAAAAAGAAGAAGUUCAGAGAUUAUUGGACUGGAUCUCAUCAGCAGAAGAAGCUGUCACCCUGAGAGAUCAAGAGUCUCUGCCUGAAACCACAGAGCAAAACCAAAAACUUAUUGAGCAGCACAAGAUGUUUAUAGAGGAAAUGAACAAACAGUUUCCAGAAAUUGAACAUGCCACAAAAUCCUGCAAACACAAGAGCUCUCCCAAGCACCACGUUUCCCCCAGCAAGCGGCCACUCACAAAGAGAAGGAGCACGAUGAAGCUGCCACCCAUUAUACCUGUCCCCCUUGAGCACCUUGAUCCCCAGACUCCACCGCUUACUCAGCUGGUCAGUCAGUGGCAGAAACUUUGGUACCUGGCUGCAGCAAGACAAAGUCGCUUAGAACAACACCAGCAAAUGCUCAAAGAGAUGGAGGAAUUUGCCAACUUUGACUUCAAUAUUUGGCGAAAGCGUUACAUGCAGUGGAUCAGCCAUAUGAAGUCUCGAAUUUUAGACGUGUUCCGGACCAUUGACCGAGACCAAGAUGGACGGAUCAGCCAGAAAGAGUUCAUUGAUUAUGUUCUUGCUUCUAAAUUUCCAACAAAUUCUCUGGAGAUGAAUGCAGUGGCAAACAUUUUUGAUAUGAACAACGAUGGCUUCAUUGACUACUAUGAAUUUGUAAGUGCGCUCCAUCCUAGCAGGGACCCCUACAGGAAAACACUGGAUGCAGAUCAGAUCAAUGAAGAGGUGAGUCGACAGGUGUCCCUAUGUAACUGCCCUAAGAAGUUCCAAGUGGAGCAAAUAAGUGCCAACAGAUACAGAUUUGGAGAUUCUCAACAUUUACGAAUGGUUCGAAUCCUGCGCAGCACAUUGAUGGUCAGAGUUGGAGGAGGCUGGACUGCUCUUGAUGAGUUCCUGGUGAAAAAUGACCCCUGCAGAGUGAAAGGUCGAACCAACUUGAAGAUUAAAGAGAAGUACUUGUCACCAGUAGAAAGCACCACUAAGUGUUUGGCUGUCAGCAGGUCCAACUCAAGCCUCAGUUUGUACAGCAGUGCGUCUGCACCCACCAGCCCCAUGACACGAAAGGCAUUGCUUCGCAGGAGCUUCUCAGGUGACCGGUGCAUUCGCCCCAGGAGUUCCAUAGCAGCUCUGGGGUCUGAUCUUCAGUUUGUUCCAACAGGGGAGGACAACCUCCCAUCACCCUCAGAUGAAGCUGAGAGGUUUCCCACAUGAUUGUCUCUGCUUCUGAGCACCAUGUGUAACCUGCAGCGCUCAGCCCAAACACAGCCUUGGAACAUCAAAAGAGUGAAAAUAAGGGUCCAAGAUGCCAAUGCAGACUGUCACAUGUGCCUGAUUGAAUCUGGGAAAAAUUAUAAGAAAGCUCCCCAAGGGUGAGAAUGAAAGGUUUGAAAUCUGCAUAAAGAUAAUAUCUCAAAGACAAAGGCUCACUUCUGCUUUUUAAAUGUACUUUACUUUUCUUGCAUUUCACUAAUAUUGCUGAUUCUGUAGUAAGCAGGGCAUUCUGUAUGGAUGCUUAAUGCUGCAUGGUAGCCAGAGCCUAUAUAAGAGCUGCUUUUUUCAGCUUGCUGUGCUUUUCUGGCUGUGAAAUUAACUAGUAGUAGACAGCAGCAGACCAAACAUGUACAAAAGUGAUAUACAGCUAGAACUCACAUAGAUAGCAUGUGAAGGUGUUGUGCUGUCUUGACUGUCCAGAAAGUCCAAAUAAAGUACCCACACAUACCAAAACCA